ACAUGCAUUGGAAGACAUGCAUGUCUUUUGAUAUGCCCACCUUUCGUGGCACUGUGGACACUCGGUGCAUGUUAACUGCAUAGAAUCACAUGAACAAGCACGAAAAUACAUCUUCAAAGUGUCUUGAGUAGGCCUACACUUCAUGUACAUGUAUGUACAUGUACAUGCCCAUUGUCCAUGAACAUAUUAUGAACGUGUUUGUACAAUGUACAAGAACACAGAUGCAUUUACGCAGGGUUAGUUACACUGCUACAGUACAUUCAAGCAGAAACCCCUUGAGGAGGGUAAAUUGAUAUUUAUGGCACUCCUGAAAGUUAGGACAAUUUACGGCCGGCCGUGUGGACCCACUGCGACACAGCCUGCUGAUUGAUAGGAAUGGCAUGAUCAUGUCCAAGUCAAGUAGGGGUAACGUUCAGUGUUCACCGCCCCUACAUAAUGCACCGUUGUUACAGCCUCACUCAGUUUAUUGCCGGUACCCAUUGUGCGGAAGGUGUCAAAUUUAAUUGGUAACCUGUAUCCUGUGAAUCAUUUAUCAUUGAUUGAGGACAGAUAGAUUUGUCUUGCUGCUUGCGACAGCUGAGCCGUCCAAAUCACAGGUAAACUGCUGUCCUAUGCAGGAAUGUGUAAUAUGUUUGACUAAAUGCUCUCUGUAGAGAGCCAGUCAACCAUGGCAGGCUGGGAUGCGCAGAACUCGUCCGCUUUUUACCCAUGGAGUCGGAGCCACGCCCCUGCCGGCCACACCUCGACCAGCCACGCCCCUACUGGCCACGUCCCUCCUGACCACACCCCUGCCAGCCACACGCCUGCCCACGAGGACUUUGUCUCCAAGUACCUGCGGAGCCACACCCUCCAGGCCACCACCAGCCCGGACGAAGGCUUCCACCACCACCACACCCAACACCACAGUCACCGGUCAGGUCUGCUGUUCACGUCGCCUCGUUCUGGCCGGCGGCUGUCCCAGACGUUCGGACCCUCGUUUUGCAAUAAGGACAACCUGGAACAGUGUGUCUCAUACCUAGACCAGGAGAUGACUGUCUUAGGCUUUCCGAGUCUUUACCCGUCUUCGGACCGAGGUCAGUCAGGGGCAUUUGACGUAGUGCUGUUGGUCAACUGCUGUUACGAGCUCAUCCAAAGACACCAACAACAUCUACAUAAACAGGAAGAAAUGGAGACAAAACAAAUGCGUUGCGAUUCGGACCUGGAGCAUCUGCAGUCCAGCCAAGGACGGCUCAAGGAACGACUGGAGCAGUUGGAGAGAGACAACGUUGCACUAACGGAGAAGGAGCGCCAGCAUCUCAAUCAGAACAAGUCCCUGGCCGCCAAACUCAAGAACGCCAGAGAAGAGCUGAAGAAGCUAGAGAAUAUCGUCAAGCACCGCGACACGCAGUUCAAACACGACCUGAAGAAGAAGGAACGGGAGAUUAACAAGAUGAAGGAGAGGAUUCACCAGCUGCUAACAGACAAAAACCAAGAGAGGAGGAUAGGUAUGGACAUACUGAACUCACUACAAAGGGCUGACGGCAAGAGAGCAACAUGGAAAACAGGAAAAACGGGUACAAAACAUGAGGAAGAGAUGUAUCGCCUGAUCAUCACCAACUACGAGGAGAGACAGAAGGAGAUGAUGCUGGAGAAUCAGGUGUUGCGGGAGUCCUUGAGUAACAUGCAGAAGGAGUUGGUGGACCUGCUCAACCGGCAGGGGGACAAGGGACUGCUGUCCAGUCUUGGUGACCACAGCGAUGAGGAGGACACCACCUCCGUGGACGACUCCUCGGUGGACGAGCUGAGCCACGGCCACUUCCAGAUGCCCUUUGAGAUGGUGCGGGAAGGCAUCGAGGCCAGCCUACGCGACAAGUGGCAGCGGCUACGGGAACGCAUCCAGCGCAUGGAGAAAGAGCAACAGCUGUCUGGAGGGGGCGGAGGCGGGGGCGAGAAUAAGGAGAAUGCGGGUGGCGAUCCCAACGUGCCGGGCAGCGAGAAUGGCCCAUCCACCCGACGCCUGGAGGAAGAGAUCGCCGGCUUGAAGGACAAGGUCAAGGUGUAUCACGAUAUCAUCCAGCAACAGGAGCAAGUACUUCAAUCUGUGCAGGACAGCAGUAUGGACGAAGGCCUAAUGGCCUUGCUGAAGGACUCGCAUUUCCUGGAAGAGAAGGAGAGUAUGGCAGAGGAGAAGAGGCUUUUCUAUCAGCAGAAGGCGGCGUUUGAGAAGGAACGGAGGAACUUCACGGACGCUGCCAUCCGGCUAGGGCACGAACGGAAGAAGUUUGAGGAAGAGCGAAGCAGUUUCCUGCAGCAGCAAUUGAUGCUGAGCCCUACUGCCAAGACCAACUCCACACCCCCUCUCAGACCUCCAAAGUCCAUCCACACCUCCAGUCCUAGUGGGUUUCCCUUGGAGCAGUCACCGUCAACGCCCCCCAACGAGAGGACACCAGUUGGACAACGAACCAUCAUCAACACACCAACAACAGUCGAGCUGUACCGUGCCCUGAAGCUCAUCCCCGACAGAGAGGAAUGUCUCAACUCAUCUCGGGAAAGCCUACAUGUACCAAGUUACUACUCAGACACUGACCGGUCGGGUGCCAGCACACCCCGCUCGGGGGCAGCCACUCCGCGAUCUUUCUCCAGCCAGAGCAGCAGCCGACGGACGGCCGGUCAGACGGGCAGUGGCCUGGCAGGCAAAGGGUCAUCCAGCAGUGGCAGGUCAGAGAGGUGCGAGGAGCAGGUCAGGGGUCAGAGCCAGCGCGGCACGCCUCACCACUCCCACCGGACCAAGAAAGGGGAGGGGCCGGGAAAGAGAAAGUGACCAGUGGGAUGGUAGAGUGGUCCCUGCAAAGCAGCGUUGGCGUUUGACGUCAGACGUGAGUUUGUGUGUGUUUAUUCAUAUCUUGGCCAGUUACAGACAGCCUUGUAAAAUUCAAAAAAACCUAAGCUCCCGCUGAAGCUGAAAGCUGAGAUGCCAGAUGUGUUUGAAUGGCUAGAAUUCACCAUCUCUGCAUUUCUAAUUGCAAAAUUGGCCACAGGCCAGAGUAUAUUGCACCUGGAUUGUUAUAGAGUUGAGAUACGCACUUAUAUGUUCAAUUUAAAGUUAGUCUAAUGCCAAAAGUAAGCAGUUGAGAAAGUGUGGGAGUUUUAAAUAUAUCUGGGAGUGAUGAUGAUAAAGGAGAGAGUGUAAAUGUAACUAGAGCAGUAAGAGGCUGGAAAAGCUUUGGAGUGUAAAUUUGUGAGAGAGAAAAAUCGGGAGAAAAUACCUAAAGUAACUGAUUACAGUCUUGAUGCAUUAUUGUGUGCGAAUGUUGCUGCUAAGUAAUGUCAUAUUUAUUUGAGAUGCAAGAUCAGGAGUAUUGCUCAGCAAAGGAGAGAAAGUGUGGUAGGUUUUGAGGUCUGUUGUUCCAGCUUCACAUAGGAAGCUGUUGGGCAUUCUUUCUUACUUAAUAUAACC